AUGCUACUGCAAGUCGCCAGACUGCAGGCAGUGCCUAUGCGCACUUUGGGUUUUAGACGAUUUGCCUCAGGUCAUCACGCUUCUGAUGCGAAAAUAGAACGUAAACCUGACAGCUACAGGUAUAUCAAAUCAAAUUCAAAUCAAAAUGUUUUAUUUCUCACACACAAGUACUAAAUUUCACGAAAUAGAUGUAGGGAGAAUUUGGGAACAUAUGUGUCGGAACUUGUGGUGAUGGAGGGAAGAGGACUCGAAAUAGAAUUUUUUUUCUUUUUAAUCAUUUAUUUGUCUUCAAAAGGAAGUAUUACAGACCAGGUUCUGAUUCGUAUGCUUAUGAGAACCCGUGGCCGAAGCUCAACGGUGGACGACUUGAUUGGCUUUUCGGAGAUGGCUGGCGGAGACCUCUCGCCAAGGAACAAGGAGCAAAAAUGGUUGGUGAUUCUUAAGUGUUAUGAGAACUUUUGACAUGAAGGCUCAUGCGAAAUCAAGUUUUUAUCGUUUUUUUUUUCUUCAGCGCCGUGAAUGGAUUUGGUUUUCGCAAGUCGCCCAUGAUGAAUACAAAGAUUGGCUCCGAUUCCAUCAGGUUUGAUAGUUUUCAUCAUUUUGGAAUAGCUUUGCUAAUACGAGAAUUUCAGGUCGCUUUCCUUCUGUUCACUGUUUUGACGACGUGGUUCACUUGCUGGAUUAUGUUCGCUCGACCGGACUGGUUAGUAUCUCUUCAAACGAUUUCUUAAUCGUUGAAAAUUACAUCGGUGACUAAAACUGAAAUCGAGUAUUCCGUGGUUAUCUAUGUAUUUUUAAUCGUAAAUGAUACAUUGAAGGCAGUUUCCAUAAUCGUUUCUCCUUCUUUAAAAGGACCAAUAGAGGGUAAUGUUCAUAGAAGACUAUUUUCAGGCCGAUGGGCCGCGAAUGGGCUCUUCGUGAAGCUCAUUUGGAAAUCGCCCGUCGUGAGAAAGCCGGUCUUCCAUUGAUCAGCCCAGACCUCAUUCCGCGGUUUGUUUCCGACUUUUAUCUCAUUUUUUUCGCGAGCAGUAGACAUUUUCGCGUCUUUUUGGGUUAAAAGCAGUUUGCAGAUCCCGCGUCGAAGCGUCCCUUCCAUCCGAAGAAGAACUCCGCGAUUUCGACGUUCUUAUCUGA